AUGAAGCACGGGAUUGCGGGGAGUUCUGACGUCGUCGUCAUCAUCGAGAAGCUGGUGGCUGAUGAGCCUUUGUCCCAACUUUAUUAUUAUUGGUUUGAAUCCCCAUCCCUUGACCUGAAUCUAUUCACACCCGAAGACUACGUUCUCUCCUUGACUCGUUACGAAAACGUGUCCAGAGCCCAGAUCCUCUCCCAGACUUUCUAUGGAGCCAGACAUGCCCUGGAAACACUCUCUCAACUCAUCGCCUACGACGAACUUCACGAUUCCCUUCAGAUCUUGGAAUCUGCGAUGAUCAUCGACGGUCCCGUGUUCCCAUUCAGAGGAGUCAUGCUCGACACCAGUCGUAAUUACUACAACAUCGAUACUCUGAAACGAUUCGUCGAUGGACUGUCUCGCAACAAGCUGAAUGUCUUCCACUGGCACCUAACAGAUUCCCAAAGCUUCCCGAUUUGUCUGGACAGUCGCCCGAAAUUCUGCCAAUACGGUGCAUAUGCACCUUGGAAAGUGUAUCGUGCAGCAGAAGUGAAGGAAAUAGUGGAAUACUCGAGGGUGCGUGGUGUACGAGUCAUCCCAGAAAUAGACGUGCUGGAGGACGUGUAUGGCGACCUAUUGCAAAUGUUCGACACGGAUAUCAUCCACAUGGGGGGAGACGAGGUCGUCCUUCAAUGCUGGAACGAGUCUGAGGAGGUCAAAAGCUGGAUGAGCGAAAAUAAUUACACUGGCUUCACAGAAAACGACUUCCUCCGUCUCUGGGGUGAAAAAUUCCAAAGCAGUGCCGCUACUGCCAUGAAGAAUGCAAACAGUGGGGCCAACAAGACCAUGUUACUUUGGGCAAGUCAUCUUACUGGACCUGGGGCAUUAACCCAAUACUUGAAUCCGGAUGAUUAUAUCAUUCAUGUCUGGGAAGACAUGACAGUUGAGAAAAAUAAAGAGCAUCUCAAACAUAUGCUCGAAAAUGGCUUCAAAAUCAUCGUGUCCAAUGUUGAAGCCUCGUACCUCGAUUGUGGUUACGGACAUUGGUUGGGUCCACCAGAAAAGCUCAAUUGGUGCGCCCCCUACAAAAGUUGGCAAGCCUUCUAUGAGAAUGAUUUUCUUAAAAUUUCCCUGGAGUUGACAGCUGACGAAAUAGACCCGGAAGUUGUGAAAGACUUAGUCUUGGGAGGUGAAUCAAUCAUAUGGACAGAAACCGUGCACGACCACAGUUUGGACGGUAAAGUAUGGCCAAGAAGUGCAGCAGCAGCUGAAAGAUAUUGGAGCAACCCAGAAGGAACUUGGAUGGAUGUUGAAUGGCGAUUGACUCAUCAAACGGAGCGAUUGGCGCAAUUUGGCAUCCGAACGGAUGCCAUUAGACCGGAGUGGUGCCACCAGAACUCGGCUCUUUGUUAUCUGAAGAAUAGCACCUUGCCGGAACGACAGAUAUCUACUUGAUUUCAUGUCGCGAGGUUAUCCACUUGAUCUCGAAAGGGGAUGCAGGAUGGGGUCAACAAUUCGAGUUUCUCAACUUCGAAAUAUUUGUGCAGAAAAUACGUUAUUAGAAGCCGGUAUUAAUAGUUUCAAUGUGACAUCCCUAAUGUGUCCAAAAGUUCUUAUCACUUGCUCGAAUGAACCCUAUUAGCUUGUCAGAAUGAAACUACAAUAAAUAUAAUAAAGAAAUU